ACCGGAAGUGGGGAAUCCAAAAUGCCCCACAUAGAUAAUGACAUUAAGCUGGAUUUCAAGGAUGUUCUUUUGAGACCGAAACGGAGUACGCUCAAAUCCCGGAGUGAGGUGGAUCUCCUGACGUCCUUCACCUUCCGGAACUCCAAGCAGACCUACCGGGGGAUCCCCAUCAUCGCCGCCAACAUGGAUACGGUGGGGACCUUUGAGAUGGCCAAGGUUUUGGGCAAGUUCUCUCUUUUCACAGCCAUCCACAAACACUGCACGGUGGAGGAGUGGAAGGAAUUUACAGCUCAGAAUCCAGAUUGUAUCCAGGCCGGGAACGUCGUGACGGGCGAAAUGGUGGAGGAACUCAUUUUGUCAGGCGCCGACAUCAUCAAAGUGGGGAUCGGACCAGGCUCAGUUUGUACCACCCGCAAGAAGACCGGGGUGGGCUACCCCCAACUCAGCGCCGUCAUGGAGUGUGCGGACGCUGCCCACGGUCUCGGGGGACACAUCAUCUCGGAUGGAGGCUGCCAUUGUCCAGGGGAUGUGGCCAAAGCUUUUGGCGCCGGUGCAGACUUUGUGAUGGUGGGAGGCAUGUUGGCUGGACACACCGAAUCUGGGGGGGACCUGAUUGAAAAGGAAGGCAAGAAAUACAAGCUUUUUUACGGCAUGAGCUCCGAGGUGUCUAUGAAGAAAUACGCCGGAGGCGUAGCCGACUAUCGGGCCUCCGAAGGCAAAGUGGUGGAGGUGCCCUUCAAGGGGGACGUGGAGCACACCUUGAGGGACAUCCUGGGCGGGAUCCGCUCCACCUGCACCUACGUGGGCGCCGCCAAGCUGAAGGAGCUCAGCCGCCGGACCACCUUCAUCCGCGUCACCCAGCAAGUGAACCCCAUCUUUGGGGGGCAGGAUCAGCCUUGA